UUACAAAACAAUAAAUGAGACCCAUAGUUUUUUUUUCUUUGAAGGUAUUUUGCACUGAAGGCAUUCCUUCAGACAUCUUUAUAGAUUACAGUUUUGCAGUUUAGUGGCAGCUCUGAGCUUAGGCCAGAGCCAAGGGUUUCUCAAGAAUGGCAGUAGAUACAUGUGACUCAUGGGACUGUUCGCUGUCUCUUCCCUGUCAAGUGAAAAGUGUCCAGUUGGACAGCGAAAUUCGCAAGGAGAAACAGCGUAUGUCCGAUGCCAGUAACAAAGAAGACAGAGAUAGAUUACAGUGUUCUUCCCACAGUAACCUUGUGAAAAUCUCAGGGGGGACGCUGGGACAAAAGUCGUCUCAGAAGGAGUGGUGGGGCACUGGCACAGGCUGCCCAGGAGGUGGUGGGGUCGCUGUCCCUGCAGGUGUUUAAGAGCUGUGGAGAUGUGGCACUGAGGGACGUGGACAGGGGCCCCAUAACGGUCGCGCCUCACCACAGAGUGGGCGAGGGGGGAGAGGGCGGUGCAGAGUGCCGGAGCCAAACCCUUCGUUUUAUUGAGGUUUUCCUACUCAGCUUCUCCGCAGAACUGCCCCCUCUCCUCUCCCGCCACGACGCCCUAAUGGGUCACGCCGGGUAACGCAGCCCCGCCGGCGGUGCCGCCUCCCCCGGGUCGGGGUCAGAGGCGGGAGGGAGCGCGUCCUCCCAGCCGGCAGGGGGCGCUGCAGCCAGAGAGCACGCUCGACCCCGCCGCUCCGUCGCCGCCAUCUCCUUGUCUGAUCUCAUAAAGGUGUCGCGCAGGUUCCGCCUGGACUCGUCAUUCAGCCGCCCCGGGCCCGGCGCCGCCGCCGGCCUCUUCCGCGCCGCUGCCCUCGGCCAGGCCCGGCCCGGCCCCUCCUUCUCUCCCCCACCUUCCUCCUUCUCUCGGGGUGUCGCCAGCCGGCGUGAGCGGCCGCCGCGCUCCCACCCCGGUUCGGCGGCGGGCGCCGGUUGCCCUCCCCGCCCCUUCCUCCUCUUCCUUCCCCCGCCCCCCACCCCUCCCCGCUCCGGGCUCCUCUCCCGCGGGCCGGGCCCCGGAGCGCCGCCGCCGUCGGGGUGUGAGCGGGGCCCGGCGCCGUGCCGGGCCGUCCCCUCGCCGGCGGGGCCAUGGCCGCGAGCGCCAAGCGGAAGCAGGAGGAGAAGCACCUGAAGCUGCUGCGGGAGAUGAGCAGCCUCCCGCCUAACCGCAAGUGCUUCGACUGCGACCAACGCGGCCCCACCUACACCGACAUGACGGUGGGCAGCUUCGUGUGCACCUCCUGCUCCGGCAUCCUACGGGGCUUGAAUCCACCCCACAGAGUGAAGUCAAUUUCAAUGACUACUUUCACACAACAGGAAAUAGAAUUUCUGCAGAAACACGGAAAUGAAGUGUGCAAACAGAUUUGGCUAGGCCUAUUUGAUGAUAGAUCAUCAGCAAUUCCAGACUUCAGGGAUCCACAGAAAGUAAAGGAAUUUCUACAGGAAAAAUAUGAGAAGAAAAGAUGGUAUGUUCCUCCAGAGCAAGCAAAGGUUGUGGCAUCAGUCCAUGCAUCCAUAUCGGGGUCUUCUGCUAGUAGUACAAGCAGCACACCUGAGGUGAAGCCCCUCAAAUCUCUCUUGGGAGAAGCUGCACCUGCACUGCACUUAAACAAGGGCACACCUAGCCAGUCUCCUGUUGUAGGUCGAUCUCAAGGACAGCAGCAACAAGAAAAGAAACAAUUUGACCUUCUCAGUGACCUUGGCUCAGAUAUCUUCGCUGCUCCUGCUCCUCAGUCAACUGCAACAGCAAAUUUUGCUAACUUUGCACACUUUAACAGUCAUACAGCGCAGAACUCUGCAAAUGCAGGUUUUGCAAACUUUGAUGCAUUUGGACAGUCUAGUGGCUCGAGUAAUUUUGGAGGUUUCCCCACAGCAAGUCAGUCUUCUUUUCAGCCCCAAAAUACAGCGUUCAGAACGCUUUCAUCUAGCUGCAGUUUUGGUGAAUUUACUUCAGCUUUUCCUCUCCAGGCUGUGCACAGUGGAAGUGCUGGAUCAGUGAAUGCUAACUUUGCUCACUUUGAUAACUUCCCCAAAUCCUCCAGUGCUGAUUUUGGAGCCUUCAAUGCUUCUCAGAGCAAUGCAACAGCAACUGGAGCCAGUAAAGCUGCAGUGAAUAAACCAGGUCUCCAGUCAGCAGACAAAUAUGCAGCUUUGGCUAAUCUAGAUAAUAUCUUCAGUGCGGGGCAAGGUGGUAGUGAGCAAGGAAGUGGCUUUAGUACAGUAGUGUCUGCAUCAGCGGGUCCUGCUCUGUCAGCCCCAAAUCAGUCAAGUGCAUCUUCAGACAAGUAUGCGGCUCUAGCAGAAUUAGACAGUGUGUUCAGCUCCACCGCAACCUCCAGUAAUGCAUAUACUUCCACCAGUAACGUCAGCAGCAAUGCUUUUGGAACAGUACCUGUGGCUGCUACUUCACAGACACAGCCUGCAUCUUCGAGUGUGCCUGCUCCAUUUGGAGCAACACCUUCCACAAAUCCAUUUGUAGCUGCCCCUGUUGCCCCAGUGGCACCCUCAACAAAUCCAUUCCAGACCAAUAGCCGAGGAGCAACAGCAACAUUUGGUACUGCAUCCAUGAGCAUGCCUGCAGGAUUUGGAACUCCUGCCUCCUACAGUCUUCCUACUAGUUUUAGUGGCAACUUCCAGCAGCCUACAUUCCCAACCCAAGCAGCUUUCCCCCAACAGACUGCUUUUGCUCAGCAGCCAAAUGGAGCAGGUUUUGCUGCAUUUGGACAGGCAAAGCCUGUAGUAACUCCGUUUGGACAAGUUGCAGCUGUUGGAGUAUCUAGUAACCCUUUUAUGGCUGGUGCCCCAACAGGACAAUUUCCAACAGGAAACUCAUCAACCAAUCCUUUCUUAUAGCCUUAUAGACACUUUACCCAAAAGAACUCUUAUGUGGUCACAUAACAUCUCUGCGCCUCUUGCACUGUUGUCUUGUUUCACUGAUAUUAGCUUUAAACACAAAAGAAGUCUUUAAGAAGUUAAAAUGAAAGCCUGCAUUGUGUACCUUGGGGGAGGGAGGGAACACAAAAAACCCAACAAGGAGUCAUACCCCUCCCCUCACACACACUCAAACAAAGAAAAUCAACCCCCUCCCUCACACCUCCCUGGGUAAUAACGUGCAAAACAGAGGGCUGUGGUAACAUCCUUGGACCUGUGAACUGGCAGGAAAAAAGUAGCGGUAUCAUGUAUAUUAAAAUUGGCUAAUAAGUUAUUGCAGAUACCACAUUCAUUAUGCUGCAGUACUGUACAUAUUUUUCUUAGAAAAUAGCUAUUUGUGCAUAUCAGUAUUUGUAACUUUAACACAUUGUUAUGUGAAAAAUGUUACUGGGAAAUAGAUCAGCCACUUUAAGGUGCUGUUGUAUCUCUUGGAAUGAAUGAGCUACAUCAUUUUAACCAUUGGUAUUGGAAGUCAUGAAAUUAAAUUGAAGGUUUGUUCAUUUCUCAAAAUGUUUUCCUUUCCUAAGAGCUCUUCUAUUUAUACAUGCCUAAAUCUCUAAUGUUAGAGGGAUACCUGUCUGCAUAAUAAAGCUGAUCAUGUUUUGCUACAGUUUGCAGGUGGAAAAAAAAAUAAAUAUUAGAAAAAAGAAGUGUA